AUGGAUACCGCCCUCUCCAGCAACGGGGCGUCAUGGUCGCAGCAAAACACCCAACCUCCGCCGGCAGAACGUGGAUACAUGGCGCUUUUCUCGCUCAAGGGGAAAACGGCCAUCAUCGCUGGUGCGGCGGCAGGUAUUGGGCUUAUUGUCGCCCAGGCGUACGCAGAAGCUGGUGCCAAUGUGGCCUUGUGGUAUCACAGCAAUAAAACAGCCCAUGACCGGGCUAAAGAGAUUGAGAAGCAAUACGGGGUUAAAGCUAGGGCAUAUCAAGUCAACGUUCAGGAGCCCCAAGAGGUCGAAAACGCCGUCCAGGGUGUCGUCAAGGAAUUCAAUGGCCGCCUUGAUAUUUUUGUUGCCAACUCGGGCAUCCCCUGGAAACAAGGCGCUAUGACUGAGGGUACACUCGACCACUACCGCAAGGUGAUCAGCACGGAUCUUGACGGGGUGUACUACGCCGCCCGGGCGGUGGCUCCUGUUUGGCGCCGACAAAAGCAAGAAGGCACAGACAUCAAUGGAAACAGGUUGGAAAAUUUCUCGUACGGCAGCUUUAUUGCAACCGGAUCAAUGAGUGGGCACAUUGUCAACGUACCACAAUUACAGUCAGCGUACAACGCCGCAAAGGCGGGGGUCAUUCAUCUCUGCAAAUCGUUGGCAUUGGAAUGGGUCCAAUUUGCUCGUGCCAACAGCGUUUCUCCUGGGUAUAUCAGCACGGAACUAACCGAGUUUCUAUCCCAAGAAACGAUUACAUUGUUGAAUGGAAAAAUCCCAAUGGGCCGUCAAGGGCAGGCGCACGAAUUGGCGGGUGCAUACAUAUUCUUGGCAUCUGAUGCUUCCAGCUACGCUACUGGUACGGAUAUCAUUAUCGAUGGAGGAUACACUUCGCAGUAG